UGCCAGUGUGUGUCUUAAAUUAUAUACCAAUAUGGCUCAAUUUCCCCCAAAAAUACCAUCUUUCCCUCAAAAUUGGCCUCAUUUUCCUCCACCUUCAAUGCCCAACUUUUCUCCAUCUCCUCCGCCCCACCCACCGCCCUCCGCCCACCAUACCUCCUCCUGGGUCGACGACUUUCUCGACUUCUCCACCGCCCGUCGCGGCCUUCACCGGAGAUCCAUUAGCGACUCCAUAGCCUUCCUCGAAACCCCAUUUUCCGAUGAAUGUCGCAACUCCUCCUCCUCCUCCGCCGCCGCCGCCGCUUCCGCCUCCGCCCUUCUACAUGCUCCUCCUCCCUUCGACCGCCUUGACGACGACCAACUCAUGUCCAUGUUUUCCGAUGACAUUUCCAUGCCGCUUCCGCCCUCGUCGUCGAAUCCCUCCACCCCCUCUGACCAGAAUAGUAACAACGACGAGAAAACAACCCCGUCGGAACACCCACCCCCUCCUCCACAUCAGUUGAAGAAUGAACCUGGUGAAGUCGAAAGCUCCCCUUGUCAACUACCGCAGCUAUCUCAACCUCCGCCGUCCUCCGCCGCCGCCGGCGAUAACACCAUUGAUCCCAAGCGAGUUAAGAGAAUUUUAGCGAAUCGACAAUCAGCACAAAGGUCGAGAGUCAGAAAAUUACAAUACAUUUCUGAGCUCGAGCGGAGUGUAACUUCAUUACAGACUGAAGUAUCAGCAUUGUCCCCAAGAGUGGCAUUUUUAGACCACCAAAGAUUGAUUCUAAACGUUGAUAACAGUGCUCUGAAGCAGAGGAUUGCAGCCUUGGCUCAAGAUAAGAUUUUCAAAGAUGCUCAUCAAGAGGCAUUGAAGAAAGAAAUAGAGAGAUUGAGGCAAGUUUACCACCAACAAAGUUUGAAGAAAAUGGGCAGCAAUCAAAACGGGGUGGCGGCGCCGCCGCAGCAGCCACCGUCUUCAGGGGAAGGUGCUCCGCCGCAAGCGGCUGUGACGGAGAAAGAGCAGGCUGUAAGUUGACUGUGGAGUGAACGAAUGAAUGAAUGCUAACAAAAUGGACGGACUUCUUCACGUGAUUUGCUUCCAAUUUCCACUUGGAUGUUUACGUGGUGGGGCCCACUUGACAGCUCGAUAUUCAACGGUCAGCCUGUUGACACGUGGAUGAACAUGUUUUUUUUUUAUAAUUUUUUUUUAACCCCAAAAUGGAAAAAAAAAAGAAAAGAAAAGAAAAAGAAAUAACUAUCGGUGUGGAUCUGUUGGGGCAACUGACAGCUGGCUUUCUUUUACUAUUUUUUUAAGAUAGAAUUUUUAUUAUUUUUUUUAUUAAAAAAAAAAAGAUUAUUGGGUUUUAUUUUAAUUUUUUAAGGGUGGAUUUAUUAAUUGGAUUAAUUAAUGUAUUCAGCAGACAUUGUCAGGAAUUGUUUGAAUCUUUAUUUUAUUAUAUGCUUUUCUUCUC